AUGCCUCCUAGGGUUAUCGUCGUUGGUGGUGGAUUGUCCGGCCUCAGUGCGGCUCACACCGUCUAUCUGAAUGGCGGCAAUGUCCUGGUUCUUGACAAGCAAAGCUUCUUUGGCGGCAACUCCACCAAGGCCACUUCAGGCAUCAAUGGUGCUCUCACACGGACACAGAUCGAUCUGGGUAUAGCGGAUAGUGUGAAACAGUUCUAUGAGGAUACUCUCAAAUCUGCCAGAGACAAGGCUCGCCCAGAUCUAAUCAAGGUCCUUACUUACAACUCUGCCUCCGCUAUUCAUUGGCUACAAGAGAUCUUCAAGCUUGAUCUUACUCUUGUGUCGCGACUCGGAGGGCAUUCCUUCCCCCGCACCCAUCGCGGCCAUGAUGCCAAAUUCCCCGGUAUGGCUAUCACAUAUGCUCUGAUGCAGCGCCUCGAGGAGCUCACAGAAAGCGAGCCAAACCGCGUACAGGUGCUUAAGAAGGCCCGUGUCACCGCAGUCAACAAGGAAGGAAACAAGAUCACUGGCGUCACCUAUGAAUAUAAUGGCGAGACCCACAAGGCCGAUGGUGUUGUUGUUUUGGCCACUGGUGGAUACGCUGCUGAUUUCACGGAAGAUUCUCUCCUGAAAAAAUGGAGACCGGACACCUUCCAUCUGUCCAGCACCAACGGUGUCCAUGCCACAGGUGAUGGCCAGAAAAUGCUCAUGGCCAUUGGUGCUAAUGGUAUUGAUAUGGACAAGGUCCAAGUUCACCCAACUGGCCUCAUUGAUCCUAAGGAUCCUGACUCCAAGUGGAAGUUCUUGGCUGCCGAAGCUCUUCGUGGGGAGGGAGGUCUCCUCCUCAACUCUGAUGGCCAGCGAUUCGCUGAUGAGCUGGGCCACCGAGAUUAUGUGUCUGGCGAAAUGUGGAAAGAGAAGGAGAAGGGCAAGUGGCCAAUUCGCCUUAUACUUAACAGCAAAGCUUCCAAUGUCCUUGACUUCCACACUCGCCACUAUUCCGGCCGUGGCCUGAUGAAGAAGAUGACUGGCAAAGAGCUGGCUAAGGAAAUUGGCUGCGGAGAAGCUGCUCUCAGGAAGACCUUCGACGAAUACAAUCAGAUUGCUGAUGGUAAGAAGAAGGAUCCGUUUGGGAAGAAAUACUUCCACAAUGGCCCUAUGAGUGUUGAUGAUACUUUCUAUGUUGCGCUUAUGCAACCCGUUCUCCACUUCACAAUGGGCGGAAUUGAGAUCAACGACAAGGCUCAGGUUUUGAACUCGGAAAAGAAACCGUUUGAGGGUCUAUUUGCCUGCGGUGAGCUUGCUGGUGGUGUCCAUGGUGCCAAUCGUCUUGGUGGUUCCUCUCUUUUGGGAUGUGUCGUUUACGGGCGUGUUGCUGGUGACUCCGCCAGCCAAUUCCUCUUCCAGGAACUCCUCUCUAACCCCUCAGCUCUCGCUUCAUCUCGCCUAAACCAAAUAUCCCUCCACAUCGAUCCGUCCCAGCCGGGCAAAGUGUCCGUUGAAUGGACUACUCCAUCUGGUGUAAGUGGUGCCUCAGCUUCUGUCCAAGCUUCUCCUGCUCCCGUGGCGGCCACAAGCCCUUCUACUGCAUCUGCUGCAUCUGCCAAGGCCGCAGACGGUGCUGCGGACAUCGCGAACUUCAAGGUCCCUAACAAGGAGUUCACAAUGGAAGAGGUUGCCAAGCACAACAAGAAAGAUGACCUAUGGAUCGUUGUUAAGGGUGUCGUGAUGGAUGUCUCUAAUUGGCUCGAUGAGCACCCUGGUGGGGCCCAGGCUCUCUUUAGCCAUAUGGGCAAGGAUGCAACGGAAGAAUUUGAGAUGCUUCACGACGACGAGGUCAUCCCCAAAUAUGCCUCUCACAUCGUCAUCGGACGUGUGAAGGGCCAGACUCCAAGUCUGGAAUACUAAAUUGCUUUUCCUAACCUCUAACCCCUCGGCUGGCCCACUUCACUGUACCAUGAACUUUUCCCUUUUUAUUUGGGUCUCUCACGAACUACAAGAUCUGUAGAUACGAUAUCUCCUUGUACAUUCAUAUUAUCGUCUUUACCACAGCCCUUAAGGUUGUCUUUCCCCACCAAUAAAACAAACGCAAAAAACGGAAAUUUUUGGGUGGGGGAGAACAAGGGAUGAUAUGUUGCCUGUUAUUGUGUUAUGAUUUUAGUUGGUAUUUCCUUUCUUCUCUUUAAAUCUGCAUGUACAUGUGCAUAUUUGGAUCUAUCACUUCUCGUUUUGUUUUGUUUUUUUUUUUUUUUUUUCCGUUUCUUGCCUGGGUUUUUUUGUCCCUUUUAUUUCUGACGUAAAUGGUGUUAAUGAUUGCGUUUUCUUUUUGUUGUAAAAAACCUACCUUUCUAGCUUUGGAAAUGGAAGAGCAAGUAUACCUGGCGUGUUUCUUUUGUUACAUCGUGUAUCUGUGCGGCUAGAUGUUAGGCUAUAUUUCUCCUGUGUUUUCUGGUGCUGUAGUUGUUAAGAUGAUACGACACGGAAAGAAGUCCAUUGAAGACAACACGCACAUAGCGGUCACAUAUUUACCAUGCUCCUUAUUCAUUGUCAAGCAUACAAUUCCAUCUAACUCAAUUCAAAAAACGGGGAAAAUCUAGGCCUCUAUUUAUAUUCUUUUCCGUUCCCAUCAUGAUACAACCCAUAAAUAAAGUGAUCUAAAUCCACCCGAUAAACAGCGGUAAACAGGCUCCCUACCGCGUACAAGAGCACAGCCCUAACCAGCACACCAGCGCGUUGCAGCACGGUUAGCCCGUCAUCGCCAUCAUCAUCUCCCCCAUUCUCAAGCAAACGACACGGCCCAUCCUUCCCCCCGUCGCAAGUCCGCCGACACAACUCCACCUCAUCCGUGACAACCCCAUCGAGCCCGCGCCGAAUGCACAACCGCAUAAACUCCUCCCUAUUCACCGUCCACGCGAAGACCUGCUGCCCCGCCUCCCUGGCGUCGGCGAGGAAUUGCGCACCCCCAGGGCCCAUGAGCGCGUGCAUAUUCAUGUUGAAGAUUAUGUGGGGGACCUUCAGGAAUUGGCGGGCGAAGGCGAGGGAGAAGGAGAUUAGGGAGACCGGGUAGGCCGGGAAAAGGCGGUGGGCGAGGGAAAGGUAUUUAGUCUGAUGGAUGAUGAUGAUUAUUGUUAUUUUGUAAAUCCGA